AUGGAUAACCCCGGAAACGCUCCACCAGCAGUAAUGGCCAUAGAGGAGCUGCAGUUCAACAACAACCUUGCCAACUUGGGGAGGUUAUUUGAUGUAACAUUGGAUGUACACACCAUCCGAACAACUCUCACCUCCUCGCCUCAACUCGUGGCCGCAUGGCUCAUCCAUACACUCGACCUCAACCGCGACCACUACCCCAGCCUUCUCGUCGGCCUUGCCAUCGAGUCCAGCGGCAACACCAACAACCGUGUUGACAUCCUCCAGCUCUGUGCCGGCCAUAGCUGUCUCAUCUUCCAAAUAAGCCGUGCCCCCUACCUCCCCAGCUCCCUCGUCACCUUCCUCUCCAACCCCAACAUCAGCUUCGUCGGUAUCGGCAUACAGGAUGAUGUGACAGCGCUCUUGAACAGGUACUCCCUACGGGUGACAAACACGGUGGACCUCCGCAUCUUCGGGGCAGAUGUGCUCCGCGACAACACAAUGAGGCACGUCAACUGUAGGAGGCUAGCACAGCGUGUUAUGGAUAUCGAUGUUGAGUGGCCGCAGAGUUACAUCAGACGGGAGUGGCACUUCGAUGGGGACAACCUAUCUCUGGAGCAGGUUCAGUUUGUUACCGUUGCAGCUUUCCUCCGCUACAAAAUUGCAUACCGUCUCACCUGGCAAUGA